GAAAUUUAUUAAGAAUUUACAAAUCUUUCAACAUUUAUUUAAGACAGUUUUCCUAUUGUCGAAUGGCAAUGAACGCAACGCCUGCGAACACGUCACUUCCUGUAGAGAAUUGAAGAUGGCGGCGACCUUGUGUGCAAAACUGUUGCCAAAACAGGGAUGGCUGCCCCUCUCAGUCAGCGUUCGGCACGGCUCCAAGGCGGUGACCCGCCACAGAAGACCUCAACAUAUUCUCAAACAGAAGCUCCUGGCUGUCACGGAGUAUAUUCCCCCCAAGAGGGACGCUCCUCCCGACGCGUACCCGCCCAAGACUAAACGUGAGCAGGAGUGUACCGGCCUGAUGUUGCUCAUUAAAGAGGAUUUGAAGAAAGUCUUCCAAGAUAAUAAAAUGAUUGCUGUGGUCCAGAACAACAACAGCAACGCCGAGGACAUGUUGAUUCUGAGGCACAGGCUCCACAAACACGGCAUCACUGUCAAGUUCUUUCCCAACCAGGUGAUGCGUUUGUUCCUGAGCGACUCUAUUUACGGCAGCAUGGCUCCUCUUUUCAUCGGUCCGACUGUGUUGUUUGUCAGCAAGGAGCCAAAGGUGCGAGAGAUGCUGUCGACACUGAGGGUCAGCCCACACAUGACUCUGUUAGGAGCCUGCAUAGACAACACACUGCUGAGCGUUCAGGGCGUCGUCGGCUACUCCAAACUCCCAUCGAUGACGGUGGUGCAGGGCGAGCUGGUCAGCGGUCUGACCAUGCUGACCUCACACACCGUCUCGGUGCUGCAGCGCCACCCGGGCCACCUGUCCGCCCUGCUCCAGCAGUACAUCAAACAGCAGAGCCCGGAGGCCGCUUCGGAAGCUAAAACGGAGUCAGCAACGUAGAAAUUCACGGAAAUAUGAACUAAUGAUGCAGCUGGGGAUGAGGAAGUUCAGAUGAACUCGUUGCACACUUGGACGUUGUUUGAUUUGGUUCCAGAAAGACUGUUAAGGCGGAAAACAAGGAGUGAAGCUGCAGCUUUUAUUGCUGCUUUCAGAGCAUCCUGAUGGUGUUAACGAUGAGGCAGUUUCACAAAAAAUAUCUGAUUUUUUUUUUUUUUUUUAAGUAAAUAAACUAUAUGAACUCUG